AUGUGGCGCCACCACCGCAGCAAUGGCAGCGCAUGCACCGGUGGCAAGCGCAUACCGUUUUGCACCGUGUGCGGUGCGCCGCGCGGAGCCGACGUUCACCAUACUCUGCCGGACGCGGUGUACAAAGUGCUGCCCGGCGAGGACCUGAACCUUACCUGCGUGGCCGUCGGCUCGCCCGUGCCCCACAUCCGGUGGCACAAGGAGCCGGCCCCGAUCGGCCGCUCGGUCCUCGUGCUCAGCAACGUGCGUCAGUCCAACAACUACACGUGCGUGGCCACUAACGAGCUCGGCUCGGUGGCCAGCAUGACGCAGGUCAACGUGCAAGGGCUGCCGCGGCCGCCGACAAACCUGCGCGUGUUGGACGUGACCUCAGAGGCGGUCCGCCUCUCGUGGUCGUACGACCUCGACCAGGAGACCAUCAAGUACUACGUCAUCCAGUACAGCCAAAAGUAUGGUGUGCAGCAGGAGAUCAACGGCGUGAUAUCGCUCCACUACGCGGUGCCCAACCUGGCGCCGUUCACCGAGUACGAGUUCCGCGUGAUCGCUGUCAACAACUUGGGCCGCGGCCGACCCAGCGCGCCCGUCCAGGUCACCACGGGGCUGACAGAGCCCGGCUCGGCGCCCAAGAACGUGCACGUGCGGCCGCUGGGCUCCAGCACGCUGGUUGUCAUGUGGGACAGCCCCGACCAGCCUGUCGUCCAGAUCACCAGCUACAAGGUCUACUUCACGAUGACGCCCGACCUGCCGCUGAAGCAGUGGGAGUCGGAGGUGGUGUACGCCGGCGGCGGCACACUCAUCACCCUCUCCGGCCUGGUCCCGCACGAGAUCUACACGCUCCGUGUACAGGCCGAGACGCUGGCCGGGCCCGGGCCCAUUUCGGUGCCGGUACGCGCCAAGACGCAACAGGGCGUGCCCAGCCAGCCGAACGGCCUGGACGUGGUGGAGAAGGGCGCCACAACGGCCGUCCUCAGCUGGGAGCGGCCCGUGCACUCCAGGGGGGGCAUCAUCAACUACGUCGUGUACUACAACGACACGUAUGAGAAGGUGGAGCGGCGCAUGGUGGUGCCACUGCACGAGCGCUAUGAGAUGAAGGACCUGUACCCGAACACGCUGUACUACGUGUGGGUGGCGGCCGUCUCUGGCAGAGGCGAGGGUGCUGCCACGCCGGUCGUCCCGUUCCGCACCGAGGAGUAUGUGCCGGGCAAGCCGCGCAACCUGACCGCCCGCGUGCUGAACUCGACGGCCGUCCGGCUCACCUGGUCACUACCCACGGACCGUGAGCGCAACGACCUGAUCCUCGGGUACCAGGUCCUCGUGCAAGAGCUAGGCACGGAGGGCAACGGCCGCUCGUCCCGGCCGCGACGCUACGAGAUCCGCGACGGCGAGGCGGCCGACUACACGGCGGCCGACCUGCAGCCCAGCACCUCCUACCUGUUCCGGGUGUCGGCACUCACUCGCAAGGGGGACGGCUCGCGCAGCGACGCGGCGCGUGCCACCACACAGGGCAGCGUGCCCAGCCAGCCCGACGUGCUCAUCAAAGUGAUCAAGGAGGAGGAGCGGGUGACGCUGGACGUGGAGUGGUCUCGCCCGACCGAGACGCACGGUGUGUUACUCGGCUACCGGCUGCGCUACGGCCGGACGGGCGACGCCGCCAGGCUCAGGGAGGUCACCAUCGCCGGAAACACGACCCAGUACAAACGGCUCAGCGACCUGGAACGUGGCGUCGAGUACGAGUUUCGCGUGAGCGGCCGGAACGACGUCGGCCACGGCCAGGAGCAGAUCAUCACGUACAACGCGAGCGAGGGCGCGCCGUCCGGCCCCGUCACCAACGUCACGUUCAGAUUCCAGGCGACCGAUCGGGUGGCGUUCACCUGGGAUCCGCCACGAUCAGACCAGCGAAACGGCAAGAUCACCGGCUACAGUGUGCAGCUCCACAAGGAGGGCAACCUUGACCACGUGGAGCGGAUGCACCCCAACGACACCAAGGUGGUGUUCACCAAGCUGGAGGAGAGCACGGCGUACGUGUUCCGGGCGCGCGCCAACACGUCGGUGGGCGCCGGGCCGUGGAGUGCGCCCUUCUCGGUCAGCACCGAGAGUGACCUGGUGCGGCCGCCCAUCAACCUGCGCGCCAUGGCCACCAGCUUCUCAAGCGUCGAGGUGUGGUGGGAGCACGUGCACACCGCCACACAGAUCGUCGGAUACCAGGUGUUCUACGCCAUGGCGCCCGGGACGGACCUAGACGCCUGGUCGUUCAAGAAGGUGCCGAUCACCACGUCUGCUGAGCUGGAGAACCUGGACAAACACGCCCAGUACGCCAUCGGGGUGGCCGCGCGCAGCAAGUCGGGUCUGGGCUGUCUCUCGGACCUGAUCCGCGUGCGCGUGAAGCCAAUCGACGUGCCGCUGAACCUGCACGCGCUCAGCGUGCACGCGCACGGCAUGUCGCUGACGUGGCGCCGGCCGGCGCACCUUGACCCGCGCAACUACCGCAUCCGCUACGACGCUGUCAAGGAGUUCCUCGACGCCGAGGGCGUAACCCAGUCGCGUCGCAUCGAGCCGCGCUCGCUGAUCCUGGACGCCAAGCGGUGCGAAAAGAGGAGCAUCUGCCGCAAGCAGAUCGAGGACCUGGAGCCGUUCACCACGUACACGGUGAACGUGACGGCCGUGCCCGACGACAACGGCUACCGCGCGCCGGCCAAGAUCCGCGUCACAACUCAGAUGGCCGCGCCGCAGCCGAUGGCGAAGCCCGACCUGCUGGGCGUGCGCAACCAGAAGGUGACGGUGACCCUGCCGUGCGCCUCGGAAGAGUACGGCCCCAUCUCGCACUACUUUGUCGUGGUGCGCAACAUCCCGUACACCUUCGCGCUCGGGGACGGUCGCAAGUACGACGGCUUCGUCAACAAGCCGCUGGAGAAGGGCAAGAAGUACCGCAUCUUCGUGCGUGCCGUCGUGGACAUGCCGGCGGAGGACCUGUUCACGUCCAGUCCGUACUCAGAACUGCUCAGUCUGGACAUGAAGCCGCGGGCGGGCGCGUCGUACUCCUCGUCCAGCCUGGUCUGGGUGGUGCGGCAGGCGGCGCCAGUUGCAGAGAUCGCCAGAGCCAGCCACCGUGAUGAAGCGCCGAUGUGCGACAUGGCGGCGCCGGCCAGUCACGCGCAGACCGACCCGGCCGAGGUCCGGCGCCAGAACCUCCAGACGCCCGGCAUGAUAUCGCACCCACCCGUACACGUUAGCCAGCUGGCCGACCACGUGGAAGCGCUCAAGGCCAACGACAACAGCAAGUUCCGGAGGAUCGAUCGAGCCGGGUCAGCAGUUCACCUGGUCAACUCCAACCUGGACAUGAAUCAGCCCAAGAACCGAUAUGCCCACAUCUUAGCGUACGACCACUCGCGCGUGGUGCUGCAGUCGGAGGAGGGGCUGGCGGGCAGCGACUACAUCAACGCCAACUUCUGCGACGGCUACCUCAAGCACAACGCCUACAUCGCCACCCAGGGCCCGCUGCCCGAAACGUUCUCCGACUUCUGGCGCAUGGUGUGGGAGCAGCGCAGCUUCACUAUCGUCAUGAUAACGCGCCUGGAGGAGCGGGCGCGCAUCAAGUGCGAUCAGUACUGGCCCACCAAGGGCACGAAGUCGUACUGGCCCAUCCACGUGACGCUCACAGACAGUCAGGAGCUGGCCAGCUACGUGGUCCGCACCUUUCAGCUGCAGCGGAAUGAGCGUUAUGUGUAG